UUAGUUAAGGCCUGUUUGGUGAGAGAGAAGAAAAGUAGAAACGGAGAGAGAGAGAGGGAGAGAGAGAGAGAAGGCGGAGGAAAUGGGUAAAGGAGCAGCAGCAGCAGCAGCAGCAGAGACGAAGAAGAGGAAGAAGAAAGGACGUCCCUCUCUCCUAGAUCUCCAAAAACGCAAUCUUAAACAACAAGAAGAACAACAAAAAGAGAAACACCCAAUUACUCCCAACCCUAAUUCCAACCGCCGAUCAACACGCCACAAUCCGGCUUCCGACUUGAAACCCGGAAACAACGACGACGAUGACGACGACGAGCGAAAAGAGAAAAAGGUCAAGCCUUUGGUCCGUUUGCCCCCUUCCGUGUCCUUGAAUUCGGCUUCUGAAGCCUCUGAUUCCAAUGCUGAUGGCGACAAACCUGAGAUCAAUCACUUUACUCACAGAUCUGCUCAUCAGUUGGAAAAGGUUCAGAAAGCGAUGGACACUCUACAUGGGCCGACGUUGGACUCUGGACCCACAACACCUUUGCCAGACAAAACGUUGUUGGUGUUCAUCCUUGACAGGCUUCAAAAGAAAGACACUUAUGGGGUAUUCUCAGAGCCCGUUGAUCCUGAUGAGCUUCCUGAUUACCAUGAAAUCAUAGAUCAUCCAAUGGAUUUUCAAACAGUCAGGAAGAAACUGGACGAGGAUCGCUAUUCCAACUUGGAAGAGUUUGAGGCAGAUGUGUUUUUGAUAUGUUUGAAUGCAAUGGAGUAUAAUGCUUCAGAUACCGUUUACUUUCGACAGGCACGGACCAUACAAGAGGUGGCAAAAAGGGACUUUCAGAAUUUGAGACAAGUCAACGAUGAUGGUGAACCACAACCCAGAAUUGUGCGAAGAGGCAGGCCACCUGGCAAGAACCCGAAAUCAUCCUUUGGGAGUCCUCCAAUUGAGCGUGUUGGUCCUGAGUCUACCUCCGAUGCUACUCUUGCUACUGGGGGUGAUAAUGGGGCUGGGUCUAACUCUUACAACUUCAGAAGAGGACCUAUAUCAUCCAGGUUUCAAUCCAAUGAUGCGUUGUUCAGGACCUCUAACCAAUAUCGCAAUAAUGAAACAUGUAUUGACUGGUCGAUUGACUGGAAUAGUGAAUUUCCAGCUUCCGUUUUGAAGGCUGAGGCAAAACAUGCAAAGAAACAAUUUUCUUCAGAUGAGAACAGGCGUGCCACCUACAAAAAACUCCAUCCUUCAGCUUUUGGUCACGAGUCUUCUGUGUUGGCUACCCUCAGUGGAGACGUGAAGCAGUUAAUGAAGGUGGGUCUACAUGCAGAGCAUGGUUAUGCCAGAAGCCUAUCUCGAUUUGCUGCAAAUUUGGGGCCUGCUGUUUGGAAAAUUGCUUCGAUGAAAAUCAAGAAUGCUUUGCCUGCUGGAGUAGAGUUUGGUCCUGGAUGGGUAGGAGUAAAUGAUGCAUCACCACGGUCGCCAUCUGGAUCCCUUGAGCAGAAAUCUUCAAACAAGUCUUCUUUGUCUCGUAAAGAAGAUAUGGUUGAAUCUAUACGUGCACAAAAUUCCGAUAUCGACUCUUCCACACUGAGGAGUGGUGUUGGUGGAAUUAGCCAUGGACCUUCAUUCCAGACUUUGCAAAAACACAUGCUUAAUCCGGAUAGGAAUGGGUUCAACGGUGUGUUGCAUUACGAUCAUAUAUUGCAAAUGGCUUCUGCGCCUUCUCAAAUGCUCGGUGUGGUAAACCAUAUAAUUUCAGAACCCAAAUUGCCUGGAAGUUCUAGUAAUGCUCAUGUUGUAAAUAUUUCAAACCCUAGUACUGCACCUGAUUUACAAACAAGACCUGAAGUGGCACUUUCUGGGCUGCAACCUUGGCAAGGGCUCCCAGCGCAUGGAAGACAGUAUUCUAUACCGGUGCCACCUGAUUUGAAUGUCCGAUUCCAGGCACAAGGCUCGCCUAAUUCCAGUUUCCGUAUUGGUUCACCACAGCAGCCAGAUUUAGCAUUGCAGCUCUAAAUUCAUAUUGUUCGUGUUUCUAAUUUGACUUGGGCAGAGGAACAAGUAGAUUAAAAUUUGGUACUCUCGGGGCUAUCGGCAACUCUUGACCUCCGGGAAAAGCAUGAAAGAAGAAAAACGUCUAAAAUGGCACGGUCCCUUCUUCGCCCCUGCAUGAAGGACUGGGUGUUGUAGUUCUUGGUCUGUAAGUUAGUGUUUCUUCUAAUUCCAGAUCGGAAUAAGUGGAUUCGGUUUCGAUAUUCGCAUGGGUAUUGGUAACUCCUGAUUGUUAGAGUCUCAUCUAGUAAUUUAAGCUUAAGUGUAGUGAGACGUCUUGUAGAGGUUAUUACACCAUUUUUUUGUUUUUUUAGAAUUGUGAAAUUAUAGAACCGUUUAGGUUAGAACCAGUGAAUCUUAUUCAUCAGAUCUUAAUUGGUUUAGUGGGAUACUUGAAAUUGUUAAUAAGAAAGGGAAAUCAGGAAAAAGUAUUUCGAUAA